AUGCCGCAUCUACGCGACCCUGCGCGCCUAUGGGCAGCCCUCGUCAACAGGAAGGACCAUGCGUUUCUCGUUCUAGAAAUCCUCGGUCGGCUGUGGCCAAGGAGCCUUCAAGAUCCACCUCUCGUCGACGAGGCUUACAUCAAGGAUAUUAUCCUUUUAAAGACCAUCUUUGAUGUCCAACGCACCCGCAUUCGCUUCAACCCUCCAAACCGUUUCAUUCUCUCACCAGAUGACUUUCUGAGUUGUCUCAACUGUCUCUCCCAGGCAGCAGCACCACUGCGCCGAAGUGGUGAAGUCGGCAACACACCCACUCGAGGUUUCGUGGACAUAUUUCAGCAGGUGUUCUUUUCGGGAAUCCGGGCAACCGCUCUUGCCAUUGAGCGGCAGAACGAUCGAAUGUCAGCACGACAAAGGAUGGCCUCUCAGCUCGAAAAUUGCAUCAGACAAUGGCCAUUGAGAGAUCUGCGUGGCCCAGGAAGAGACUGGAGUUUGGCUAUCUUCAAAGGUGUCGUUGAUGAUCUCAUUGAGAUCAAGAAUUCCAACAGUUCUUGCGUUGAGCAUAUUGCGCUGGAUGUGCCUGACCGCGAAAAUUUCGCUCUCACAUUCGAUCUGUCGAAGUCUGUACCUGAGGCAGUUGCAUGUAUUAGUCGGAGAUGCAGAUACGCAUACCGAAGCGUACUGGUAUUACUGGACUUGAGAUUGAUGCUGAUAUCCGCAUGCUUCCAAUACGCGAGCAGUGACUCAAGCUCCAUGUUUUCCAUCAACGCUUCAGAAAGCACCUUAGGGAAUCCUGGUCCAACUUUCACCACAGACGAGCUCACCGGGGUGCUUCAGAAGUGGAGGGCUCUUGGUUCCUUCUUUGAACCCUUCCAGCAUACCGAUGAAGGACGGUCCCUAUCGACUUUUCUAAACUAUAUUGAGCCUGGCUUGCCCUUCGGAGAAGGCGACGAAAACAUCGGCUGGAUGAGCACAGCGAUUGGUAUGAGAGCUUCCUCGGCCAAUACAAGCACACAAUUACCUCCCUAUCAGAGAAUCGCCGAGGAUCUCGAACGCCGCAACCUGAAGGUUUUUGACACAGAAGGGCCUUUGUUGCGUGUCUACAAUCACUUGUCUGAGCAGAUCCGAACGUGGACUCCACCUCGAGCUGAUGUUGCCCGAUCACACAGUCUUGAAAGUCCAGACGUAACCUCUCAACAAGCCAUAUAUGUGCUCGGCUGCAGCAAGCUUCAUCCAAUAGACUUCGCGAUGCUCGCGGACUGUAUCGUGUGCAGUGGUCGAGAAGUACCCGAAGACGGUCAAGAUGUCGUCGACGUCUGUUUUGAUUGUCCAUUCCCCCACCCUGAGAAGACCACAGUCCGGAAAGCCAGAAGGGUCACUCCGUUGUGUGAAAUCUACGAAACUCUGCACAAGCUGGUUAGCCUCAAUCCUGAGUCAGAAGAGCUUAUUCUGGAAAGAGAAGAUGCCCACCUAGAGAAUGAACAACUCUUAGAGAGUCCAACUGGGAGUAGAGAGGCUCUUUCGAGCGACCAAGGAAGCGUGAACACAUGCCCACAGCCUCCUACGCCCCGAACUCCAUCUAUGAACUCACUUCGCCAAUCUUCAAGAACGCUAGGAUUCUUUGCAGACAUAGCAUCAUCCUUAAAGCCUUCGAGCAAGCUCAAACCCACUAUUCACAAGCACAACAAGUCUGAAUCACCUCCAUCUCUCCCUCCCCUCCAGUCGGCGCUUAGCCCAGAUGGUUCGAACUUGAUCGUCUGGUCUUCAAAUCGGAUCUGUCGCUCACCUUUGAAUGGCGGUAGCUCUCGCCUGGAAGGGGAGAAGUUCCUGCACGACAUCAUACUUGCAGCCACUGGUGCUUCUCACUUUGCUACUGUCACUCAGGAAGAGCCUAACAAAUCUUUCCAACUUUCUCUCUUCAGUGCUACUGGCAAAUUAGCAGGGGAAAUGCCAUUCGACAAGCCUCCACAAAGUCUAGCCUUUUCGUAUGACGGAACCAAGCUUGCUGUCGCUGCAAUGACCGAACUGCGGAUCAUCUCAACUGCGACGCCCAGCAUGCGCUCAUAUUGCAGUCAAUCACUUGUACCGAACACGAAAUCCAACUUGCACAUCAUGCAAAAGGCGGAUUCGGCAUUCUGGGGCAAAGUGCGCCAGCAGAGGGUAUCGUUUUCCACAGAUCAGCGUCGAGUCCUUGUAGGAACGCAGUAUCGUGAUGACGAGGGAAGUACUCUGUUCUGGCUUUUCAACAUUCCCCAACACUUAAAUGGAAACCUCUCCCACCGCAUUAGGUUUGAGAAGAAGAUAAAAGUGGAAUCGUCGGAGCCUGGACUGACGGCUCUGCCGUGCUUUCACACUACUGGACAGACAACCUUCAUCAUUGGUGCUGCUUCUGCUCACAGUCACCAACCGUCUGUAGAGUCAAUUGAGCGCACUCAAGCUGGCCCUCAACAGAUUAUUGGGCGGAACUUAUCCAUUGACCGUGUCCACCGUGCCAUCGCGAUGCCUGGAGGAAGCCCAUGCUUUAUCAUUGUCAAUGAGGAAACCAAUGUCUAUCUUAUUCGCAAAUCCAGCAGGCCGAAUGAAUGGGAAGCAGAGCACGUCUCUACGAGUAUAUCGGAGGGCCUCAGUCCUUUCGAGCGAAACAGCAACCGUCCGGGAAUUGGGGUUCAAAUCGCAGCAUCAAGCGCAGGCGAAGUUGUAAUUUUUCAUAUUAAGAACGACAAGGGCUAUCUCACUCGAUAUUGUGCCUGGAGUCCUCCGCAGACACAUCAGCAAACCAUCCCUCUCAACGACCUCUACCCGGUGGCAAUGGAUCCUGGGCACCCUGCUACAUUGCCAAAUAGCUAGAAGCGGCAAGGGACCAACAGCCCUUUAUUUAAGCCAUACCCAACCCCAUUCUC